AUUGAGCAAAUCCAUCCAUCCUGAAUCACGUUUCCUCUUAUUCAGUGAUCCGGAAGCCGAAUACUUUCCAACUCUUGCCAGUUGCGGUUUAGCAGUAUCAGGACCCACCUGUCCUUGAGCUUGACCAUUCUCUACAUAUCUCCAUAACUAUCAAGUGCAGGAAUCUUUUCUAUUUGCGUUCUUAUAGCGCCACCAAAUGGGGAUUGGUUUCUCCCGCUAUUCUUAGUUAUAGUUUCGCUUCGUUAAUCACUUGAAAGAUCCAUUUUCUUUGAUUUAAUAUUUGGGUUUUUGGAAAAUGGUUGAACGGAAGCUCUUUAAAACGAAGUUAUGUGUAUUGUAUCAAAAGGGUCGUUGUCAUCGCCAGAAUUGCUCCUUCGCCCAUGGAAGUGUUGAGCUUCGACAAUUUUUGGGUUCUUCUAACGGUAAGCGGGACCAUCGAGGUGGUGACUUGAGGGAUAAGCUUGACAAGAGGCUUUCUCCACAGCGUAGAAUUUCUCCAGGAAGAAAUACAAGAAGCCGGCAUACAUUUCAUGGAUCUAGCCCUUCCAGGUCCAUUGAGAAAAACAGUGACAGAAAACGCAGGAAAAAACAGCAUUUUGAUGGUCAAAGUGAUUUAUCCAGAAGUCUGAAAAGUUCAGAUGGGGCAGAAGAUCGGGUUAAAAGAAGAAAAACCACAUCAACUGAUUCUAUAUUUUUUCUUAAGAAGCAGCUAAUAGAAGCACAGUCAGAGAUUGACGUGCUUGAUCAACAGAAAUCUCAAUUAAAGACCUUAGUAGAAGAGAAAGUUGAAGAAGCCAAUAUUCUAACUUCCAGAGUUCUGGAGCUUGAUUUUCAAUUGUCGAAAGAAAAAGAGGAAUAUAGAAGGAAUGUUUCAAAAAUCAAGAAGUUUGUCAAGACAUAUAAGCGGUAUGUGCGGGUUCAAGAGGAUUUGAAAAAGUCACAAGUUCGUCUUCAGAGGUUGGGAGAUCACCUUGGCUCUGACACUACCAUAAAUGGUGGAAAUGAAGAGGAUUCAAGCAUCAAUAUUGUCAGUGAUGGAGAGGCUCCUGGUUAUCAUACUGUCUGCCCACCGAAUGAGGUGCAUAAUAAUCAUUUCCCUGGCAAGAAAGGUCUGCUUGUUAAAUGUGAUACUGUUGAAGAAUCAACAAAAGCAAAUUUGACCCAUGGUGGAGGAUAUCAUAUUGAGACUACAAGACUGGGGAAGCUUUCUCAAUUGAAUGCAUGCAAGGAAGUUGAGAUGGUGGAGAGUGGGAAUGAUGGUCAUCAGCCUACAACAAAUGGAAGCAAACAAAAGAGAGGACAUAAUGUUUCUGCAAGCAUGCCCUCUGCAGAUAAGCCAAAGGGCUCAGGCUUGGGCCUUUCAGCACCAUCAACCAGCAUGGCUGCUCAUGCAAUUGAUGAAUUAGUGGAGAUUGAAGUGGAGGAGAACAUUGAGGUGGUUGAAACUACUUCAGUGGAAAUUGAUAAAGGAGCCACUACUUAUGGGGUCAGAAGGGUACCAUUUCUCCUUCCUCCGCCUCCUCCAUUCCCUCAGAGUAAUUAUUCGCAGUACAAGGGCAAAGACGAGAAUGUGGAUGUGGAAGGGCUGGAGGAGGAGAUGAUAGAUGUUGACAUCGUUUGAAUCCAUAAUACUUGCUGCAAAGGAUUUUAUCUUUCAAUGUGGCUUUUCUAUAACGCAAAGACUGGAUCAUGUGAUAGUUUUGGGUUAUAAUCAGACUAGAAUCCUACCGUUAUUUUUUUUUCUAUAAGGAGUUAUUUUUAUAAAUUUGUUGCUUAUCAAGGCCUGUACCUGAAGAGAGUUGGAAACUCCUAUUGGGUGAUCUUGACAUGAUUAGUAAAACAUGGAGAUGCACAAAGAUUGGUAAGGCA